AUGACGGCUUGUAGUAUCAAAGUAGAACAUACCAGGGCAUGGCAACAGACUCGUGCAGAGGCAGCCCUGGCUCGCGAUAACCAAGAGCGAGAAUGCUCGUUUCCAUUUCCAUGUGUGCAAACCCAGACCCAGACGAACAAGACAUCAAGGUCCAGAUCCACAUCCAGAUCCAGCUCCAAAUCAAGAGCACGGCUGGAAGACGACGUGGUGCCGGACUUCGUCAAGCCGCUGUCCAACAAGGUCGGCGAGGACGACAAAGACUAUCUCAUCGCCAAAGGCGUCUUCCAGCUCCCCACGGCCGAGUUCCAAUCCAUCAUCUUACAGCGCUAUGCCGAGCAUGUCCGCCCGCUGCUUCCACUCCUCGACCUUUCGGAGGUGUUGGACACUGUCAGCGCCGCUGGCGGACAGCGUGACAACAACGAGAUGCAGGUUUCCCUACUUCUAUACUGGUCCAUCCUAUGCGCCGGCCUAGCCGCGACUGAGCGACAAGUCAUUCUCAAAUACGGCUACGGGUCGAAAGCCGAAGCCAGAUAUUCCUUUUACAAAAAGGCAAAGGUCCUCUUCGACUUGGAGACCGAGCUUGAUCGCAUCGUCCUGUGCCAGUCCGCCGUUCUCCUAGUGAGUUGGUCCCAGGAUGAUCAUCGGAUAGACUUGGUACAUUGGAUCGGCGUCGCCAUCAGCCAGGCGUAUUCGCUCAAGCUGCAUCGCGAGGAACACAACGCCAGAUCCGGUACGAGUGCGCGCGCGGGUGCGGAGAUCACUUUGCACAAGUCCGCGGCGUCCGAGUCAGAAACAGACCUCCAUGCUGCCGGGACUGCAGCCAGAGAGAUCACCAGCAUAUGCAGGGCGCUGCUGGGGAGUGGAAUGGAACAGCACGUUCCGACCGUGGGCGUCGUAGCCGUGCUGGCAGCCUUCUCCGUCCACCUCCGCUGCAGUCGCUCAGAACGAGACAGUGAACGGUCCAGUGCGAUCGAGGAGCCCAAGACGUGUGUCCGCUUUGUCAACGGCCUCCGGGACCUGAACUAUGCGGCGCAGAAUGUCUCCAGGAUGAUCGAAGACGCGACCCGCGAGGUUGAACUCAGGCUCAGAAUCACCUUGUCGGCGGCGGCGAUGCUCAGGAUCGAUCCAUGCCCAAAGAGGUCCGGCCAUGUAUCGAUCGUCUCAAUCCCCCGUGGCGACCAGGCAGACACAGCCUCAUACGCCCUGCUGCCCCCACUAGAGCAGGGAGAUGGGGAUGGUGACCAAGACCCAGCCUUGCCAGGAAACAUGUUCCACCUCGACCACGACGACAUUGAGCAGAUCGCACACGUCACAGUCAGGACGGCGGAUUUCUACGACCCCGAAGAAAACCUUGUAGGCGAUGAUGGCACGUGGGGUCCGGCUUUCUACGUUUCCCCUGUCGAGAUGGAGUUGGACGCGCUCUUUGAAACCUUCGGCGUUGAAGUUGCUCAACAAGAACAAGAUCUGCGUAUGGCAGAUCCUGCUCGGGGCUAG